AUGUAUUUAGUAAGGAUAGCUCAGUUGUUGCAAGUGCAGAAUUGGGGGUGCAAAAGACCCAAUUUACUAGCUUCGUCAAGUUUUAUAAAUGAAGAUGCAAAUUUGGUGACUCAAAGGCUUCGCGAGAUGUUUGAUGCUCAAUUCGAUGACGAUCAAGAACAUAGCGAUGUCUUGAAUCAAAGCGAUAUCCUAGUAAGUAGCGGCGGCCGUUCUAGACAACAUAAGAAAAGAAAAGAUAAUGGUUGGUCAAUUGCUGGAACAGACAUUGUGCCAUUUCAUAAGUUUGAUCCGGAUGUCGUGUAUAGAUAUUGUAAUUCCUCGAGUAAAGAUGGAGGAAAACGCGAUUUAAAAACUAGAGUUAGGCAGCAUUUGGCUUCACUUGGAUGGAAGAUCGAGUUUCAAAGAGAUGGAGAAAGAGACAUGAUUAGAAUGCGUUAUAUUUCGCCCCAAGGGAAAGUUUUCAUGUCACUUGUUCUUGUUUGUAAAGCUCUGUUGUCAUCCGUAAGUUUGCAUUCUCCGGUGGUGGUUUCGAAGAAGGUACAAGAAAACCAUGAAGAAGUUGUUUAUGAACGUGAAUAUAAUCAUGAAGCUUUGGCGGAGUAUAUUUCAAUCAAGAAAGAUGAUCAUGCUUGGUAUAAGAAGACUAAUGUUAAAGAUAUUCAAUUGAAAGUUCGAAAGCAUCUCUCUUUUCUUGGAUGGAAAUUUUGGUAUUCUACUAAAAGAGGUAAAAGGGAGUUACAAUAUUGUUCACCAAGAGGUAAGAUAGAUAUAUCUCUUAUAACAAUAUGCAAACAAUGUAUAAAUGAAGGAGUUGGUUUGUCAAGAUCGAAGGAAGUUGCUGUUCAACAUGAAAGCAUUGGGAAACCGCGAAAGGAUUCUGAACGUUUGAUUAGUAAAAGAGUUCGACAAGGAAAUUCAUCCACUUCUUCGUGUUCGAAUCCUCGAACUGUAUUGUCUUGGUUAAUAGACAAUAACGUGGUGUUACCUAGAGCUAAAGCGUAUUACAUUUCGAGAAAAGAUCAAAAUCAGUUAGCUGAAGGAAGGAUUACGCGGGAGGGAAUAAAGUGUUCUUGUUGUGAACAAGUUUUUACGUUAUCAAAAUUUGAGUCUCAUUCUGGCACAACUAGUCAUAGGCCUGCUGCCAAUAUAUUUCUAGACGAUGGAAGAUCCCUUUUGGAGUGCCAAUCGCAAUUGAGAAGACGCAAUGAGUUAAAGAGUUUGAAGACAAAGCCUAAAGAGACAACGAGUGAUGAUACUUCGGGUGAUAAUAGAAACGAUAACAUAUGCUCUAUCUGUCGCCAUGGUGGAGAGUUAGUUUUGUGUGAUAAAUGCCCGUCCUCGUAUCAUAUCGAAUGCCUUGGUCUUAAGGUUGUUCCUGACGACGAUUGGUUUUGCCCUUCGUGUUGUUGUGGAUCUUGUGGGAGGCAUAAAUUAUUUGAAGAUGCUAAUGAGGUGGAAAAUGAAAGUUUUCUCCAUUAUCAUGUGGAGUGCUUGAAGGAAAGGGCCCAUGCAAAUUCUGAAAAUGUUCCCAUAAAAAGUUGUUUUUGCAGCAAAAAAUGUGAAAUGAUAUUUUUGGAACUUGAGUCGCGUGUGGGAAAAUGUGUUUCGGUGGGUGAAAAUUUAACAUGGACAUUAUGGAAAUGUGGGUAUUCUAGUGAUGGUCAUGAUAAUGAAGGUGAAAGUUAUGGUAAGUUGAAUGUUGCUCUUAAUGUGAUGCACGAGUGUUUUGAACCUGUCAAAGACACAGUAACUGAAAGAGAUAUUGUUGAAGAUGUCAUAUUUUCUCGAAGAUACGAGUUGAGCCGUUUGAACUUUGAAGGAUUUUUCACUGUAAUUUUGGAGAAAAACGAUGAGUUAGUUUCAGUGGCUAACAUUAGGAUUCAUGGAGAGAAAGUUGCAGAAAUGCCACUUGUAGCUACAAGAUUUGAGUAUCGCAGAUCAGGAAUGUGUCGUAUCUUAAUUAAUGAAAUUGAGAAGAUGUUAAUGGAACUAGGUAUACAACAAAUUGUUCUACCAGCCAUUCCUAGUGUAGUGAACACGUGGAAAAACGCAUUUGGAUUUUCUGAAAUGACAGAACCUGAAAAAUUAAUGUUUCUGAAUCACACAUUCUUAAAUUUUGAAGGCACUAUCAUGUGUCAGAAACAGUUGCGAAACGAGUCGUUGAUCAAAGUACCGUUACUCCCUACUUCAGAAAACGUGACAGAAAUCUAUAAAGUAACAUUUGAAAGCAAUGAUAAACAUGAAUCUUCCUCAAACAAUUACAUUCCCCUACUUGUUGCAAAUGCAGAACUCGAGAUGGAGAAGUUCAAAUUUGAUCGAUUCGACAAGGAAUUCAACAUGGUGAAUGAAGUGAGUGAGGGCAUUACUAUUGAAGAAGGAAAGGAUCCACCUCUUAUGACAGAAGACAUGCAUGAAGAAAGAAUACAAGCUGUUGAAGCUUUGGGUGAUUCAUUUGUUUGUAAGCAUGUCUGUCUAUCUGUGUGA